ACGCAAAGAUGUCGGCACAGUCAUUGAUCAACAAGAAAAAGAAAAGUUUUCUAGGGUUACCGGCGCCUUUAGGAUAUGUCCCCGGUCUAGGAAGAGGUGCCACCGGUUUCACAACACGAUCUGAUAUUGGACCAGCCAGAGAUGCUGAUGACAUAUCUGAUGACCGCCAUGCUCCACCCAUUAAGAAAAAACGAGACAAUGACGAUGAUGACGAAGAGGAUUUGAAUGAUGCUAAUUAUGAUGAGUUUGCUGGCUAUGGAGGAAGUUUGUGUAACAAAGAUCCUUAUGAGAAAGACGACGAAGAAGCAGAUGCAAUUUAUGAGGCAAUAGAUAAACGCAUGGAUGAGAAGCGAAAAGAGAGAAGAGAGAAAAGGCUGAAAGAAGAAAUCGAAAAAUUUCGUCAGGAAAGACCAAAAAUCCAGCAACAGUUUUCAGAUUUGAAGAGAGAUCUGGCAGAGGUGAGCUACGAUGAUUGGAUGAACGUACCUGAGGUAGGAGAUGUCAGGAACAAACAUCAGAGGAAUCCAAAGAAAGAGAAGUACACCCCAGUUCCCGACAGUCUAUUGGCUAGAGCAGCAGCCCAGACAGGUACUUCCACCUCAUUGGAUGCCAGAGAACAGUUUGGGGGCCUGACGACCCCGUAUGGUGGAGCCCUGACCCCAGGGUUUGCCACGCCGGGCGGUGAUAUCGACAUGCAGAAGAUUGGAGAGGCCAGGAACACCCUGAUGGGGAUCAAGUUAGAACAGGUGUCGGACUCUGUGAGUGGCCAGACUGUUGUUGACCCUAAAGGUUACCUGACAGAUCUCCAAUCAAUGCUGCCCUCUCAUGGAGGAGACAUUAAUGAUGUGAAGAAAGCUCGGCUGCUGUUGAAGUCCGUGAGAGAAACCAACCCUAAACAUCCGCCAGCCUGGAUCGCGUCUGCUCGUCUGGAGGAGGUCACCGGGAAACUGCAGGCAGCCAGGAACCUGAUCAUGAAAGGCUGUGAGGAAUGUCCCAAGAGUGAGGAUGUCUGGCUGGAGGCUGCCAGGCUUAUGCCAGGAGACCAGGGCAAAGCUGUGAUAGCUCAGGCAGUGCGUCACAUCCCACAGUCAGUCAGGGUCUGGAUAAAGGCAGCCGACAUUGAGACAGAACUCAAGGCUAAGAAAAGAGUCUUCAGGAAAGCCCUGGAGCAGUUGCCAAACUCUGUACGUUUGUGGAAGGCUGCAGUAGAACUGGAGAAUGAAGAAGAUGCUCGUAUCAUGUUGAGUCGAGCAGUCGAGUGCUGUCCCACGAGCUGUGAGUUGUGGUUGGCUCUGGCAAGACUGGAGACGUAUGAAAAUGCACGAAAAGUUCUGAACAAAGCUCGAGAAAACAUCCCGACUGAUCGUCAGAUUUGGAUCACGGCAGCUAAGCUGGAAGAAGCCAACGGGAACAUGCACAUGGUGGAGAAGAUUGUCGAGAGGGCCCUUAGCUCCCUGCGGGCCAACAUGGUGGAAAUCAACAGAGACCAGUGGAUCAAAGACGCAGAGGACUGUGAAAAGUCCGGCAGCAUUUUCACCUGCCAAGCAAUCAUCCGGGCUGUGAUUGGUAUUGGAGUGGAGGAGGAAGACAGAAAACACACCUGGAUGAAUGAUGCGGAGGCGUGUGCCCAGCAUGAUGCCUACGAGUGUGCCCGGGCUAUCUAUGCUCACGCACUCACCAUGUUUGCCAGCAAGAAGAGUAUCUGGCUAAGGGCAGCUUACUUUGAGAAGAACCACGGCACCAGAGAGUCCCUGGAGGCUUUGUUACAGAGAGCCGUGGCUCACUGUCCUAAGGCAGAGGUGCUCUGGCUGAUGGGGGCAAAGUCCAAGUGGCUGGCAGGUGAUGUCCCAGCAGCAAGAAGUAUCCUCGCCUUGGCCUUCCAGGCUAACCCUAACAGCGAAGAAAUCUGGUUGGCUGCUAUUAAACUGGAGAGUGAGAAUAACGAGUUUGACAGAGCGCGACGCCUUCUGCAGAAAGCUCGCAACAGCGCCCCUACAGCGCGGGUGAUGAUGAAGUCAGUGAAGCUGGAAUGGUGUCUGAGGGAGAUUGAGAAUGCUAAGAUUUUACUAGACGAGGCUGUCAAACAUUACCCGGAUUUCCCCAAGUUGUGGAUGAUGAAGGGUCAGAUUGAGGAGCAGGAAGGUCACAUGGCUGAAGCAAGAGAAGCAUAUAACCAGGGGCUGAAGAAGUGUCCAACGUCAAUCUGGCUGUGGUUGUUGUUGUCACGACUAGAAGAGAAUUCCGGGCAGUUGACCAAAGCCAGAUCCAUCCUGGAGAAAGCUCGACUUAAGAAUACUCAUGCCCCUGAGCUUUGGCUUGAAGCGGUUAGAGUGGAGAACAGAGCAGGCCUAAAGAAUAUUGCACAGACUCUGAUGGCAAAAGCAAUGCAAGACUGCCCAAAUGCUGGUAUACUGUGGGCAGAAGCCAUCUUCAUGGAGCCGCGUCCUCAGAGGAAGACCAAAUCCGUGGAUGCUCUGAAGAAAUGUGAACACGAUCCCCAUGUGCUGCUGGCUGUCUCAAAACUGUUCUGGACAGAGCGUAAACUGGUGAAGGCUCGGGAAUGGUUUCAGAGGUCAGUGAAGAUUGACCCGGACUUGGGAGACUCCUGGGCAUAUUACUACAAGUUUGAAAUGAUGCAUGGAACAGAGGAGCAGCAAGAGGCCAUACGCCGCCUGUGUGCUAAUGCAGAGCCUCACCAUGGGGAGAAUUGGUGCCGAAUUUCCAAAGACAUUGCUAACUGGCGGCUUCGGACAGAGGAGUUAUUGCCCUUGGUGGCAGAUUCUUUGCCAGUUCCGGUGUAGAAGGCUAAAGACGUAUAAACACCAGCAAAAAGAUUCUUUGCAAGUUUCAAUAUGUGGAAAUUGUUUUGAUAGAAAUGUACAUUGUAUAAAAUGUACGAUAUUUUCCUUUCAGGAAUAGGAGUUGGUCUCAUGACAUUCUAAACUUGUGUGGUUUGUGUUAAAUCGACAUCAGACCAAACCAGUUGUAGACAAUAUCAGACCAAGUAAGCAUGUGUGGCAGCCUCAUAUGACCAUAACACAUUCUUGUGACUCGGUUUUAUUUGUAAGAUAAUUGCUCUAACAGGACCAUCUGUGAAAAGCUUGUACGCCUAAUCAUGCUCUACAGUCAAAUUUGCAUGUUAUCAAAAAGACGGAUGUUCAUGCAUCCAAGUCCUAUCAUUUUGAAGGAAAGGAACGGUUUCCUGAAUGUAUCAGCUACUUUCAGAAGUUUCGCUGUACAAUUCAUAGCACAUGUACAGUAUAAAACAAUCUUUGGGCCCAUCAUGUAUUUGAUUAUUACAUGAUUAGAUGUGUUGCUGACAAAAUGCCGUUUUUCUGUUUGGUACAAAGUCUGUUUACAACUUGAGAGAUGUGAAAGAAGUUUAAUCUAUGGUACCGACAAGAAUGUACAUUCUAGCAUAGAAAUCAACAAUAAAAGUA